AUGGCCGAGUCCUCCGCCUCGCAGACGGCGGCGUCGCGCGCCGUGGAGGUGUCGGACGGGAAGCGGUUCCAGCUCUGGGGCACGCAGUGCUCCGAGGCCGCGCGCAAGGGCAUGCUCCUCGACGAGGUCGCCGUCUACAGCGUCACGGACGCGCGCACGGCGGACCGCAUCACGAAGCUCGCGCUCAAGCUCCCCGGCGCGCCCUUUUCCGAGAUCUGCGACGGCUGCGCCUGCGUCGGCGGCAACGUGCUGAGCUUCGCGCGCGCGCUCGCCAGGGCGCCGGGCGCGACGCGCGUCACGGGCGUCGAGCUCGACGCGACGCGCUUCGAAUUCCUCAAGCACAACGUCGAGACCGCGGGCCUCGACGCGACGUGCCUCCACGGCGACAUCGCCGCCGCGACGGCCGCCGAGGAACCGGCGGAGGUCUCCGGCGACCUCGCGGCCGCGCGCGCCGCGGUCCGCCGCGCGGACCUCCUCUUCCUCGACCCUCCGUGGGGCGGGCCCGAGGUCUCCGCGCGGCCCAUGGGCUCCGUGUCCUUCGACAUGUCCGGCGUCGACCUCGCGGCUCUGUGCGCGCGCUGCAACGCGCCGGGCUUCCGCUGCAAGCACGUGUUGCUGAAGCUGCCGCCGAACUACGACACGGACGCGCUGAAGGCGGCGCUGAAGGGCGUCGCGGACGUGCGGCUCGAGACGGCGCUGCGGAAGAUGAUCCUGGCGGUCAAAGCCUCCCUCUCGCCGUUCGAGAACCCCGUCUGCUCGAUGGCGAUUUUGGCGGGGCCGCGGUUCGCGCUCCCGAGGAUCCGCCGCUUGUCGCGCGAGUGCGACGAGCAGCACGGGCUCGUGGGAUCGAGCUUGCGCGGCGUGAUCUGGGCCGCGCGGCGCAUCGCGAGGAGGAUCGCGCUCACCCACGCCGUGCACUCCUCCUUCGACGCGGUCCGGAGCACGUACGACCGCUUGGGAUGCACGACGGUGAAUUCGGUGGGCAGCACCGAGACGACGCUCUGGAUUUUCAACUGGUCCGAGCUCUUCGACAGCGCCUGCAAGCCGGACGCGCCGUACUCGACCCAAGGGUCCGGCGACGGCGGCGACGACGACUUGGGCAUCGACUUCGAGGAUGCCUGGGACGCGACGGGCGCCACGGCGUCGACGCGGCCGCAGGCCUACAGCGAGGCGUUCUCCGACGACUCGGUGCACCGCGCGAGCAACGCGGACGCGGACAAGUUCCUGCUGAGCCCGGGGUCGACGGGCGACCUGACGCGGACGGGCCUCAAGGAGUACCACAGCCCCUACUUUAACACGGAGAAGCGGUCCGUGGUGGCGCAAAGAGCCGACGGCGAGCGCGAGACCGUGCGGCGCGCGCUCGCCGUGCACCACGCGCUCGUCCUGGAAAAACGCGUGUCGAUGCACAUCCUCGCGCGGCCCCUGAGCCGCUGGGACGCCACGGCGCGGCUCUGGCGCUUCGAGCCCGGCGACGUCGUGGAGUGCGAGGGCGCGGACAUGCGCUGGCGCCUCGCGGUCGUGACGGCCGCGCGCGACGGCGAGAGGGACGGCGCCGCCGUCGUCUACUCCGUCGUGAGCGCCGCGGGCUUCUCGCACGGCUACGGCGGGCCGCGCCCCGCGCCGCGCGUCGCGCGCGAGGCGACGCUGGCCUACUGGGGCGUGGCGCCCCUGGUCUGGCAGGCGCACGCGCUCGUGUCGCUCGAGGCGCGCAUGAGGUUUCAGGAGGGCCACGGCGACGACUUCGAGUCGAUCCCCUACGUCGACCACGGCAAGGCCGCGUACCGGCGCUGGCUCCGGGACGAGCGCAACGGCGCCUUCGCGGCGCGCUACGACCGGUCCCCCCAGGGGGCGCGCCAGGCGCUCAAGGACCUGCUCAUCGAGCCCUUCAGGCGCAUCGCGGAGGCCGUCGGCGACUGGGAGUUCGAGGCGGGCAAGGCGAGCACGUACCUCUACUUGGCUUGCAUGGGCAGCGGCCUCCUCUCCGUGUUAGCGACGCUGCUGCUCCAGUGCGGCUUCCCCGCGGUCGUCCUCAUGUACACGCUCUACGCGGGCCGCUCCGACGGCGACGUCGCCGCGCUCUGCAGCGACCGCGCCGCGAGCGUCGACGCCAAGGGCCACGGCGCGCGCUUCACCAAGGCCGCGAUCGAGCUCGUCGUCGUGCUCUACCUCGUCAAGGUCAUCCCCGACUCCUACCACAAGUUCUUCUUCCCGAGCCACAGCAAGGACGGCGUCGACCGCCUCAUCAGCAUCCGGGCGCUCGUCGCGCGCAAGGAGGCGGACACGGUGCUCAUGAAGAUCGGAUAUCGGCUCCACACCUUCAUGAACUCGGCCUUCGAGGUCCUCCUCUACUCGCUGAACAUGUACCUCCUGUUCUACCACGACUCGCCCCUGGAGGUCAUCCUGAAUUCGCUCAUGAUCGAGUUCAUCUUGGAUCUGGACGAGUACCUCGCGGACAGCCCGCACAUCGACACGAACUUCCGCUACCUCCGGUCCGCGGCCGUGGAGAUGGUCUUGCUGCUCUACGUGCCCAAGAAGAGCCUCAAGGAGCUCAAGAUCACGGGCCCGAAGGAACGGCGCUUCGCCGACGGCAGGAAGGACGCGAGGGCGCGGAACGACGACGCCGUCGACGCGUCGCUGCAGGAGUACUACGGCGAGAAGGACGUCGAGCGCUACGGCCUCUUCGCGCGCUUCGGCCAGCGCCACGGCAUCGGCCACUGGAAGAAGGGCAUCUUCAACCGCUACGCGAGCUACCGCACGGGCGAAGCUCUCCCGCGCUGGCUCGAGAUCCUGUUCAAGCCCGGCGACGCGCACCACUACGAAAAGGCGCUCGCGACGUCCGUGCCCUACGGCACGCUCGAGGGGUUCCAGGUCGAGGGCGUGCGCACCCUGCGGCGCUUCAUCGAGCACAACGCGCCGGGGCUCGUCGCGACGAUCAACCGCGCGCCGCUGCUCGGCGACGUGCUCAAGACGGCGACGUGCCAGCGCAUCUGGUCCGCGAUCCGGGGCUACAACGGCGACGGCGAGCCGCUCGUGGGCUGCGGCAAGGCGCGGCGGUGCCUCGUCGUCGUCGACGCGUGCUUCGAGUGCGGGACCGCGUGGGUGUUGCUCUUCGCGUUCCCCGUGACCGCGCUGGCCGUGUCCGCGUGGGAGAUGGUCUCGCUGCCGCCGCCGCGGACCUGCUCGCGGCGCUCGCUGACCAUCGGGCCGCCGCCGUGCUGGCUCGAGUGGCUCGUGACCGUGCGGCUCCGGCCGUCGCCGGAGAUGACCGUGGACGAGCUCAUCAUCGUGAAGGACCCGCCGCCGCCGCCCGCGCCCCGCUCGUGGAGCCGGUCCAUGUCCAUGUCGCCGCCGAAGCCGCCGAGCAUGCCGCCGCCCAUCAUCUGGUCGACCAUGUCCGGCUUCGAGGCCCACAUGGACAAGACGCUCUUCGCGAACCUCAAGCUCAGCGACGGGCGCGAGGCGCAGGCGCGGGAGCUGCUCGACGACAAGAUCCACCGCCUCGGCGGCGCGGCGCCGUACCUCUCUGCCGCCAACGACGACCUCAUCCAGGAGGUCGCCGCGGACCUCGCGGAGGCGAAGCGGUGCCUCGCCGAGGCCCGGGCGCCGUCGCUGCGGCGGCUGCUCUCGAGCUUCGCGCGGAAGCACGCGGCGCGCGAAUUGAAGCUCCUCAACGGCGACGCGGCGCCCGCGCCGGCCGUCGACGUGGCGCCGGCCGCCGGCGACGUCGCGGCCCUCGCCGCCGAGCUCGCCGAGGCGAAGCGGCUGCUCGCGCGCGCGUCGCGGCCCGCCGUGAAGAAGCUCGCCGCGUCGUUCGUUCGCAAGACGGCCGCGCGCGAGCUCGAGCUCCUCAACGGCGACGGCGGCGCGCCGGCGGCGGCGGCGACGAAGCUGCCGGACGCCGCGCCGCCGGCGCCGAGGAAGAAGCAGGGGCCCGCGCCCCAGUUCCCGCCGGCGCCCUCGCGGCUCGAGCCCAAGCCCGCGCGCACGCCGACGCUCGACGACGACGACGCGGGCGAGCUCGCCUUCGACGGCGGCGUGCCCGUGGACCCGCGCCUGCGCAUCCCCGGCGAGGAGCGGAAGCUCGAGGCGCUCAUGGCGAAGAUCGACCUCACGAAGCCGCCGGCGAAGCCGCCGGCGAAGCCGCCGGCGAAGCAGCGGCCGCCGCCGGCGCGCUUCGCGCCCGAGCGGCCGCCGAGCGAGGGCCUGAAGAAGGUCGCGGCGCAGGCGCCCGCGGUCGUCCGCUCUCGGCCUUCGCGCGGAAGCCCGAGGCGGCGCCGGCGACGCCGACGCCCGCGGCGGCGCCGGCGAAGCCGGGCGCGGUGCACCAUCGCCGCGCGGCGGCCGCGGACCGCGCGCGCGACCGUGCCGCCGAGCGGUCCGCGGCCGCCGAGAAGGCCGUGCGCCGGGCGGCGCCGCCCGCCGGGACCGCGGGCGAGGCCGUCGCGGCGCGCGCGGACGAGCCCGCGGCCGCCGCCGCGACGGAGGCCGAGGAGGCCGCGCCCGCGGCCAGGUACGCUCUCAAGAAGAACCGGGACGCGGUCGCCGGCGAGAUGCUGCGGGACCUCGAGGCGAUGA